AUGUCUCUGACAGAGGCUGCUGCUGCAGCCAUAAUAACAGCUGCAGUUAAAAGUGACAAGUCCGGGGGCGUCCAUGAGCCAACGUGGGGUGACCAAGCAAAAGGGCAGCGUGAUCUGUAUACUCAGCUUAUUAUUAGCUUAACAUUGGGACUAAGUGCUUUCUUAUCUUUCUGUGUCCUACGACCGAAAUGGACGGAGCUGUACGCCGCACGAAGACGACAGCGUUGCGCAGCUUCACACUUACCGGAGCUUCCUGAUAGCUUUUUUGGGUGGAUACCAGUGCUCUAUAGGGUAACUGAAGAGGAUGUUUUGCACUCUGCGGGCUUGGAUGCGUUUGUAUUCUUGUCGUUUUUCAAGUUUGCGAUCCGAUUCUUGUCAGCCGUCUUCAUGUUCGCCGUGGUUAUAAUACUUCCGAUCCAUUACAAGUAUACCGGGAAAAGGGGGAUCCCGGGCUGGGAUGACAACGAUGAUAAUUCUCUCGGUGGGAACAAGGACAAGAAGCCCGUGACUGACCCGAACUAUUUGUGGAUGUAUGUGGUGUUCACAUACAUAUUCACCGGAUUAGCGGUCUAUAUGCUACUCCAGGAGACGAACAAAAUCAUUCGUAUCAGACAGAAGUAUCUCGGCAGCCAGACUAGUACCACUGACCGGACUAUCCGCCUCUCAGGUAUUCCCCAGGACAUGGCAUCUGAAGAGAAGAUCAUUGAAUUCGUGGAGGGUCUUCAGGUUGGAAAAGUUGAGAGUGUUACUUUAUGCCGGGAUUGGCGAGAGUUGGACCACCUCGUCGACGAGCGAUUGCAAAUAUUACGGAAUCUUGAACGAGCGUGGACUAAGCACGUCGGAUACAAACGACAGACCGAAAAUGUUAGCACGUUACCGCUGGCACAUCAUCAGCCGCGUGGGUCGAGCCUGUUCUCUGAAGAUGACAGCGAACGCAUACAGCUUCUUUCAGAGAGUGGACGAAACCACAUUGCGGACUACUCGCACCAACGUCCCACGAUUCGCUUGUGGUACGGACCGUUAAAACUACGGUACAAGAGCGUUGAUGCGAUAGACUAUUAUGAAGAAAAGUUGCGGAGGAUUGAUGAAGAGAUCCGAGUGGCGCGCCAAAAGGAGUAUCCCCCUACUGAGUUAGCAUUUGUGACCAUGGAGUCCAUUUUUGCAUCUCAGAUGGUUGUUCAGGCUAUCCUCGAUCCUCAUCCUAUGCAGUUGCUUGCCAGGCUGGCACCGGCGCCGGCUGACGUCGUGUGGAAGAAUACAUACUUGCCACGUUCGAGGCGAAUGAUGCAGUCCUGGUCCAUCACGGGAGUCAUUGGCUUCUUGACCGUGUUCUGGUCGGUACUCCUCGUUCCUCUAGCAUAUCUUCUGGAGCUGGAGACGCUACAUAAGGUGUUCCCACAACUAGCCGAGGCGCUGGCCCGCAACCCCAUUGCGAAGUCCCUCGUCCAAACCGGUCUUCCGACUUUAGUUCUCUCGUUGAUGACUAUUGCUGUCCCUUAUCUAUAUAACUGGCUCUCAAACCUUCAGGGAAUGACAUCGCGUGGUGAUGUUGAAUUGUCCGUCAUUUCCAAAAACUUCUUCUUCUCUUUCUUCAACCUUUUCCUUGUUUUCACGGUCUUCGGAACGGCAACGACAUUCUACGAACUAUUCAAGCAUCUUCGUGAUGCGUUUCAAGAUGCCACUACCAUCGCGUUUGCGCUGGCCAAUUCGCUUGAAAACUUUGCACCAUUUUACAUCAAUCUUAUAGUCCUGCAAGGUGUGGGAAUGUUUCCCUUCCGGCUGCUGGAGUUUGGAAGCGUUGCAAUGUACCCCAUCAAUUUCUUUAAGGCCAAGACACCACGAGAGUAUGCCGAACUGUCUACGCCACCUACUUUCAGUUACGGGUAUUCGAUCCCGCAGACGAUCCUCAUCUUAAUCAUUUGCGUGGUGUAUAGCGUGUUCCCAAGCUCUUGGUUAAUCUGUCUGUUUGGAUUGGUGUACUUUACCAUCGGGUACUUCAUUUACAAGUACCAGCUCCUGUAUGCGAUGGACCAUCAGCAGCAUUCUACCGGGCGUGCAUGGCCAAUGAUAUGCAGUCGAGUCCUGGUAGGCUUGAUGGUGUUCCAAGUUGCGAUGAUAGGCGUAUUUGCACUGCGCACAGCUAUCACGCGUUCCUUGAUCCUUGUGCCUCUCUUGGGUGCAACGGUGUGGUUCAGCUACUUCUUCUCUAGGAGUUAUGAGCCUCUGAUGAAGUUCAUUGCUUUGAAGAGUAUUGACCGCGAUGGCGGUGGCAACCUUUCCCCCUCACCUUCAUCCUUUUCUUCUCCAUCAGGCCUCGACCGUGACGCCCUACCGAUCCAAAUUGGUAGGCAAGGAGUAGAAGUCAGGCUGAACAAAUAUGUCAAUCCCAGUCUCAUCAUGCCUCUCGAUGGCGCCUGGCUUCCAGGCCACACCGUCGGCGAAUACCCUGGGUCUAUAUGA